AUGGCUUACUUGCCACUUCAUGGUUUUCUCGGCUAUUAUAGAUCAUUAAGUGUUCAAGCUCAUUCUGCAGUUCACCAACCCACAUCAUUUGUUUCACCAUCUUUUCAGUCUGAUUCUUCUUAUCUAUAUGGACAACGUCAUGGUGAGUGGCUAUCAUCAUUAAGAAACCCACCUACAAUGGGUCAUCAACCAUCAAUCGGCCGGUUACCCUCUUUUGUACAUGGGUCUAUGCAACAUGUCCCUAAGCUUAACGAUGGGAGUUUUCUAAUGCAGAGUAGUGGUGGUGUUGGUGGCGGUGUUUGUUUAAAGGGGACCAGUAGUUCUCAUCAAGGAGACUCGAAGAAGAUUGAUUUGGCUCUUAAACUCUAA